UGCUAAAUUUAGGCGUAUUGUACCACAACGUUUGGCAUCCGAAGCAGUGGAACAUUUACAGCCGUAGAGUAGUCACAAUUAUUAUUUAAACGUCUCGUUGAGUUGCUCACGAUUGUUUGAUAUUGAGCGAACGCAGGUUGUAUUGACAGGAAUUUCUUCUUUUGCCAACGGUAUUGACCGUUCAAGGCGUUAGGCUGCCUCCCAUCCUAAAAGCUCUGGGACAGGAUUUCUCUCAUUUACUGUAUCCCGCAUAGUAAACAAUGCAUUGUGUAUGUUUCAUACUGGUGAUAAACACCGUGCUCACUGGUGUCUGGGGAUUCGGUAGUGGGGCACCGGAACAAAGCUGUGUAACAAUGAUGCCUAAUCAUACACCGCAGAUUAUGGAUUCUACUACUCAGGAUACUACACCAUUUGCCGCUCAGAAUCCUAACACAUUUGUCUAUGAUGUAACAAUAUCAAACGAUGGGUAUGUCCCAGGACGACUGUUGUCAGUAUUUGUUACUCAAGCUCGAUUUAAGGGGGUUAUUAUUCAAGCUCGUCGUGUUGGUACUACCGAAGCUGUCGGUUCAUGGAUCGAACAACCGAACGUAUUUCGCAUAUACGCCUGUCCUAGUACUGCAACCUCGGAGAACACGUUGACGCACCAACAAAGGACAUAUAAGAGAGACGUAAUAUUGCAAUGGAGGGCACCGACCCAAGAUGUUGGGACCAUUGAAUUUGUAUAUACGUUUGUACAACAGCUCAAUCACUUCUGGACUGUAAUCAGAUCUCAACCACUCAAUGCACAGCCUGGAAUUGAUUGUUCGCCAACAACACCUUGCUUGAAUGGUGGAACCUGUACCCCAGUGCCAUCUGGUGGAUUUGAGUGUAUAUGUACCAAUGCUUUUAUGGGACCCUUUUGCAAUCAAGAUUCGCCAUUACGUGUCUGUUUGGAAUCCCCGUGCUCAAAUAAUGGGACUUGCUUUGUUACCGCGACAGAAUCCAACAGUUUUACCUGUGAGUGUGCUGAUGGUUACACGGGAACCCUUUGCACAGAAACAGAAGAAGCUAAUAAUGGUUGCAUCAAUAACCCCUGUCUUAAUGGAGGCACUUGCUUUACUAGUAGUAGUAGUAGUACCAAUGGUAAUGGGUAUUUCUGUGAAUGUCCAACAAGUUUCACAGGGUCAAACUGUGAAACAGCUGAAGCUGAUGGCUGCACUGUUAACACCUGUCUUAAUGGAGGCACAUGCUUUACUAGUAGUAAUAGUGGUGUUGGGUAUUUCUGUGAUUGUCAGACAGGUUUCACAGGAAAAAACUGUGAAACAGGACAAACUUGCAGUAACAGCCCCUGCCUUAACAGUGGUACAUGCUUUACCAGUAAUAAUGGUGAUGGAUAUUUCUGUGAAUGUGCGAUGGGUUUUACUGGUACAAACUGCCAAACAGCUUCAUCACCAUGUGCUAUCAAUGAAUGUAUGAAUGGAGGAACUUGCAUAAUAACAUCAUUUAGUAGUUACAUGUGUCGAUGCCCAUCUACGUACACCGGGAAUAAAUGUGAAACAGCUAUUAACACUGUGGCACCACAGCUACCUUGUGCAACAUCACCAUGUUUAAAUGGAGCCACUUGUUUUAACUUACCUUCUGGGGGAUAUUUUUGCACGUGCUCUUCUGGCUACUCAGGCCCAACAUGUGCAUCAGCAUCGGGGAAAACACUGCCAUGUGACUAUCUACCUUGUCUGUAUCAGGGUGUUUGCAUGAAUCUCGACAGUGGAUCAUACAUAUGCCUUUGUUUGCGUGGUUAUUCAGGCAGACACUGUGAACAAGCUAAUAUAGUGGACUCAUGUGACCCAUCCCCGUGUCAAAAUGGAGGAAUAUGUCAACAACAACCGAAUGACCAAUCAAGUUACAGCUGUUUGUGUACAAAUGGUUUCUCUGGGACUAACUGCGAAACAGGAGGUAAUCUUGGAUCUUGCGAUUCGCAACCAUGUCAAAAUGGUGGCACAUGUUUCACCGGGUUUAAUAACGGCAAUUACGUUUGCCAGUGCCUUAGUGGCUAUACUGGCACUAACUGUGAGACCCCAGGAUUUUGCAUAUUAUUUCCGUGUCAAAAUGGUGGUCAGUGUGUCUCCACAACUAGUGGUUAUGUUUGCCAGUGUGUGAAUGGAUUUACGGGCACUAACUGCGAGACCCCAGGAUCUUGCGCAUUAUUUCCAUGUCAAAAUGGUGGCCAGUGUCUCCCCACAACUAGUGGUUAUGUUUGCCAGUGUGUGAAUGGAUUUACGGGCACUAACUGCGAGACCCCAGGAGGUAAUCUUGGACCUUGCAAUACGCAACCUUGUCAAAAUGGUGGCACAUGCUUCACCGGAUUUAAUAACGGCGAUUACUUUUGUCAGUGCCUUAGUGGCUAUACUGGCACUAACUGCGAGACCCCAGGAUCUUGCGCAUUAUUUCCGUGUCAAAAUGGUGGCCAGUGUCUCCCCACAAAUAGUGGUGGUUAUGUUUGCCAGUGUGCGAGUGGAUUUACUGGCACUAACUGCGAGACCCCAGGAUCAUGUGCAUUAUUUCCGUGUCAAAAUGGUGGCCAGUGUCUCCCCACAACUAGUGGUUAUGUUUGCCAGUGUGUGAGUGGAUUUACAGGCACUAACUGCGAGAUCUCAGUAACCGCAUGCUCCAGUAAUCCGUGUGUGAAUGGUGGUCAAUGCUUCAUCAGCAAUUUAGAUGCUAGUCAAUAUUUUUGUGAAUGCCCAUUUGGGUUCAGUGGUAGAAUGUGCCAAUCAGCUCUUACGUGUACUAGUAGCCCUUGUUUGAAUGGUGGUACAUGCUACACAUUAUUUGUCGGUAGUGGUUUUUAUUGUGAAUGUCCUAAUGGCUUUACUGGUGAUAACUGUGGGCAAGUUGUGAAUGUUGCCUGUUUGAGUGGACCCUGUUUGAAUGGCGGAACAUGUUCAUUACUCGGAACUGGAUAUGUUUGUAACUGCCUCCCCGCCUUUGCUGGAAUGCGUUGUGAAAGCAAUGCGAUGGAUAUAUGCAGCUCGCAUUUGUGCCAAAAUGGUGGCUCAUGUGAAGGACAUGUGACAUACUACCGAUGCAUUUGUCCGGCGGAAUUCACUGGCGAAAAUUGCGAGGAAGCUGUUACGCCAUGUUAUCCUAGCCCGUGUGUCAACGGGGCGUGUAGCCUAUCUGGUGUUUCCUAUUAUUGUACCUGCUACCCGGGCUGGAUGAGCACGGAUUGUGACCUGCCCCUCAAUGCGUGUGCCUCAGAUCCAUGCUUAAAUGAUGGUUUUUGUACAGACUUGCAAACACACUUUACGUGUGGGUGCAAAACAAAUUUUGAUGGUGAUCGCUGUGAAAUCAUUAUUGACACAUGCACGUCAGGCACCAACCCAUGCCAGAACGGUGCCACAUGUCAUCACAUCGAUGAGUCCUAUAGGUGUUAUUGUGUUGACGGUUAUGAAGGGCUCUUCUGCGAGGCCAAUGUCAAUGAAUGUGCUGAUAACCCCUGUUUGAAUGGAGGAAUAUGUACUGAUUUGGUCGGAAGUUAUACUUGCACCUGCCCAACUGGAUACAGUGGAUUUCGUUGUGAAAUCGCACCAAAUAACGUGUGUGAAUCAAGUCCAUGCAUUAAUGGAGCUACAUGUAUAGGAGACUCAACUCAAUAUACUUGCAUGUGCCUUGAAGGAUACAUUGGAACAAGAUGUGAAUUUGAACGUGAUGCAUGCACACCAUACCCUUGUCAGAAUGGAGGCGUUUGUGAAAGUUUCCGGACUUACUAUGAAUGUACCUGCCCUGUAGGAUUCACUGGGACUAAUUGUGAACUUGAACGUGAUGCAUGCACACCAUACCCUUGUCAGAAUGGAGGCGUUUGUGAAAGUUUCCGGACUUACUAUGAAUGUACCUGCCCUGUAGGAUUCACUGGGACUAAUUGUGAACUUGAUGUGAUGGAGUGUACGAGUGAUCCAUGCCAGAAUGGUGGCACUUGUGUAGAGGGGUUCAACAGCUUUGCUUGUCUCUGUGUCACAGGUUAUAGUGGAUCCCGAUGUCAAACUGAUAUCAAUGAAUGCAGCAGCAACCCUUGUGCGAAUGGCGCCACCUGUGUAAAUGAAAUUGGCAGAUACAAUUGCAUUUGUCCGUCUGGCUUUGAGGGUCUUACUUGCAGCUCAGUGGCCAUUUGUUCAAGCACACCUUGUGUUAAUGGAGGAGUUUGUGUAACUUCUGCUAAUUCUUUUCAAUGUAUAUGUUCUACUGGAUAUGAGGGGGUAUAUUGUGAGUUUGAGAUCAAUGAAUGUGCAAGCGCUCCAUGUCAGAAUGGCGCCCUCUGUAGAGAUGGGAUUGGUCAAUACACCUGUGACUGUCUCCCUGGUUACCGUGGUAUUUGGUGCCAAGAAGACAUAAAUGAAUGUGAAAGUUUUCCCUGUCGGAAUGGUGCAGUUUGCCAGGACUUUGUCAAUUUCUUUGUGUGUGAAUGUACUGUUGGAUAUCAGGGCCUUUUUUGUGAAACAGAUAUUGAUGAAUGUUUAAGUAAUCCCUGUCAGAAUGGAGCCACUUGCUUCCAGUAUGUCGGUGGCUUCACAUGUGCUUGUGUGGUCGGCUGGACUGGUGCCACAUGUAGCAUUGAUAUAUUAGAAUGUAGCAGCAAUCCUUGUCUCAAUGGUGCCGCAUGUCUUGAGCUCACAAAUGGAUAUUUCUGCAGUUGUGUUCCUGGUUAUGAAGGAAGCAGAUGUGAAAGAGAUAUCAAUGAUUGCAUAAGUUCACCUUGUACGAACGGUGGAUUGUGUAUUGACGGGGUUAAUUUAUUUACCUGUCAAUGUUUACCUGGCUAUGAGGGUGUAUUCUGUGAAUUUGAGAUCAAUGAGUGUGCGAGUUCUCCCUGUCAGAACGGCGGCUUUUGUACAGAUGAGAUAAAUAGAUUCACCUGUAAUUGCAUACCAGGAUUUCGUGGGCUUUGGUGCCAGGAAGAGAUAAGAGAAUGUGAAAGUUUUCCAUGUCGGAAUGGUGCAACUUGUACUGAUCUUAUCAACAGUUAUGUUUGUGAAUGUCGAGUUGGUUAUACAGGCAUCCAUUGUGAAAUAGAUAUUGAUGAAUGUUUAAGUAAUCCCUGUCAGAAUGGCGCCACUUGCUUCCAGUAUGUUGGUGGCUUCACAUGUGGCUGUGUAGCCGGCUGGACUGGUGCCACAUGUAGCAACGAUAUAUUAGAAUGUAGCAGCAACCCUUGUCUCAAUGGUGCCGCAUGUCUUGAACAGUUGAAUAUGUACUUCUGUUUAUGUGUUCCUGGUUACGAUGGCAACCAGUGUGAAAGAGAAAUCUUUGAGUGUUCAAGUUCUCCUUGUACAAAUGGAGCUGUUUGUGCCGAUCUCAUAAACGGUUUUCAAUGCCAGUGUUUACCUGGUUAUGAGGGUGUAUUCUGUGAAUUUGAAAUCAACGAGUGCGCAAGUUUUCCAUGUCAGAAUAGCGCCCUCUGUACAGAUGAGCUGAAUCGAUUUGUUUGUUCUUGUUCACCUGGAUUUAGAGGUGUCUGGUGUCAGGAAGACAUUGAUGAAUGUUUAAGCACCCCUUGCAUGAAUGGGGCAACUUGUGAUGACCUCAUCAAUGGCUACAUAUGCAGAUGUUCUCCUGGUUUUCAAGGGGUGGAUUGUCAAGAAGACAUUGACGAAUGCAUUAGCAAUCCAUGUUUGAAUGGCGCCACCUGUUUCCAAGGAUUUGGCUCAUAUGUAUGCGGCUGCAGUGCGGGUUGGUACGGCCCCCAGUGUGGCAUGGAUGUCCCUGAAUGCAGCAGUGAUCCGUGCCUAAAUGGGGGCACAUGUCAAGAAUUGACAAAUGCCUUCGUUUGUGUCUGUCCAAGUGGAUUUGAAGGCAGUCGUUGUGAGAGAGAUGUGUUUGAGUGCGAAAGUAAUCCUUGUCAAAAUGGAGGCUUCUGCUUUGACGAAGUCAAUUCUUUUACAUGCUAUUGUGUUCCUGGAUUUGAGGGUGUGGUCUGUGAAAUCGACUCUGAAAACUGUAUUAAUAAUAAUUGUCAGAAUGGAGGCACUUGUGUUGAUGAGAUUAAUGGGUAUAGCUGCAUAUGCCCACCUGGAUACAGUGGUUUGCAGUGUGAAACAGAUAUCCGAGAAUGUGCAAGUUCACCCUGUCUUAAUGGUGCCAUGUGUAUUGAUAAUGUUAAUUUCUACACCUGUCAGUGUUUGCCUGGCUACACAGGUGCCAACUGUGAAAUAGAAAUUGAUGAAUGUUCCAGUAAUCCUUGUCAAAAUGGUGCCACUUGUCAGGACCUAGUGGACAUGUUUUUCUGCCAAUGUGCUGCAGGUUGGACCGGCUCUUUGUGUACUCUAGACAUAGUAGAGUGCAAUAGUAAUCCAUGCUUAAAUGGUGCCACCUGUGCUGAGAUGGCCAACGGUUACCUUUGUAACUGCCCAGUUGGUUAUGAAGGUGAUCGAUGUGAAACAGCGAUUCUUCGAUGUAGUAGCAGUCCGUGCCAGAAUGGUGGCACAUGUACAGAAGAAGUUAAUGGUUUCAUAUGUGACUGUCUGUCUGGAUGGGAAGGCACUUUCUGCACACAAGAGAUCCAAGAGUGUGCUAGCACUCCCUGCUUGAAUGGUGCCACUUGUGAUGAUAUAGUCAAUGGUUACAUCUGCAGAUGUCCACUUGGCUUUCAGGGGACUCUAUGCGAACAAGAUAUCAAUGAAUGUCAGAGUUCACCGUGCCAGAAUAGCGGAACUUGCCAGGACCAGGUCAACAGAUUCAUCUGCAUGUGUUCAUCUGGAUUUCAGGGAAUUUUCUGUGAACAAGAUGUGAAUGAAUGUAUAAGCAGACCGUGUCAGAACGGAGCUGUUUGCAGGAACUUGGUAAAUAGCUAUGUCUGCGAGUGCCCUUUAGGUUGGACUGGUCUGUUAUGUGAGAUUAACAUUGAUGAAUGUCAAAGUUUACCUUGUUUGAAUGGUGCCACCUGUACUGAUAAUGUAAACGGUUAUUUCUGCACCUGUCCACUUGGGUAUACCGGUAACAAUUGUGAAGAAGAUAUCGAUGAGUGCUUCAGUGGCCCGUGUCUUAACGGGGGCAUAUGUUCAGAUCAAGUCAAUGGUUUUCUGUGUCAGUGUGUUGCUGGGUGGCAAGGUAUAUAUUGCCAGCAACAGGUAUUGGAAUGUGCCAGUUCACCAUGUCAGAAUGGUGCCAAUUGUAUAGAAGCUAUCAAUGGUUAUGCAUGUAUCUGCGCACCUGGAUACACAGGUGGUCUUUGUGAAACAGAGGUCCUAGAAUGCCAGAGUUCACCAUGUCAAAACGGAGCCACCUGUAUUGAACAAAUUAAUUCAUUUGCAUGUAUCUGUCCACCUGGCUGGACAGGAUUAUACUGUGAUUUGGAUAUCCUUGAAUGUGCCAGUCAACCAUGUCAAAAUGGUGCCGCCUGUACUGACCAGAAUAGAGGGUUUGUCUGCACUUGUCCACCUGGAUUUGCAGGAGUGCUUUGUGAUAUAGAAAUCGAUGAGUGUUCCAGCAAUCCCUGCCAAUUUGGUGGUUGCACUGAUUUUAUCAAUGCCUUUAGAUGUGACUGCCUCCUUGGAUAUGGUGGUGUAUUUUGUCAAGAAGAAAUUAAUGAAUGUGACAGUGACCCAUGUCUCAAUGGAGCUACCUGCACAGAUCAACUGAACAGGUACACAUGUUCAUGUGUCCCAGGGUGGACAGGUGACAACUGUGACGUUGACAUAUUAGAAUGCUCUAGUGCACCUUGUCAAAAUGGUGCCACCUGUUACGAAGUUAUCAAUGGCUACUACUGUUCCUGUGCACCUGGAUUUAAUGGACUGUAUUGUGGUCAAGAGAUAAAUGAAUGCAGUAGUAACCCUUGCCGGAAUGGAGGUACCUGUGAAGACUUUGUUGAUUUUUUCCGCUGCUUGUGUCCUGAUGGCGUCCAAGGAACAUUCUGUGAUCAAGGAAUUCAGGAAUGCAGUAGCACUCCUUGUCAAAAUGGUGGGACUUGCAUGGAUGGAAUCAAUCGUUAUGACUGCACUUGUCCAUUUGGUUGGUCAGGUGUGAAUUGCGAAAUUGAGGUGCGAGAGUGUGCUAGUUCACCAUGUCAGAAUGGCGCAGCUUGCAUUGAGUUAAUCGGUGCAUAUUCAUGUACGUGUGCUCCAGGCUACCAAGGAACUGUCUGUGCUGAAGAGGUGAAUGAGUGCGCUAGUAGCCCUUGCCAGAAUGGUGGUACGUGUGAGGAUUUUGUUGAUUUUUUCCGCUGUUUGUGUCCUAACGGCAUCCAAGGAACAUUCUGUAAUCAAGACAUACUGGAAUGCGGAAGCAACCCAUGUCAAAAUGGUGGGACCUGCGUGGAAGGAAUUAAUCGUUAUGACUGCAUUUGUCCAUCUGGUUGGACAGGUCCCACUUGUGCAGUUGAGGUGUUAGAGUGUGGUAGUUCACCAUGUCAGAAUGGUGGAACUUGCAUUGAGUCAGUUGGUGCUUAUACUUGCAAUUGUGCCCCUGGCUACCAAGGACGAGUUUGCGCUGAAGACAUUAAUGAGUGCAGCAGCACUCCGUGCAUGAACGGAGGAGCUUGUGACGACCUUGUUAAUUUCUUCCGAUGUCGGUGCGCUCCAGGAUACCAGGGUACAUUCUGUGAACAAGACUACAAUGAAUGUAAUAGCUCACCGUGUACAAAUGGCGGUACUUGUAGUGAUAUGACAAAUGCUUACAUUUGUAGCUGUCCUGCUGGUUUUACAGGAAUUCGUUGUGAAAUAGAUGUUGAUGAAUGCGCCGGUAACAUUUGUCAGUUUGGUGGGACGUGCCAAAACACACCUGGUAGUUACAUUUGUACUUGUGCCCAAGGUUUCAGCGGCCCAAAUUGUGAAAUUGAUGAAGAUGAAUGUUUGUCUGAUCCAUGUAUCAAUGGAGCCUGUAUAAAUUUACAAGGCUCCUUCCAGUGCAAUUGUUUGGCUGGCUGGAGUGGAACAUUAUGUGAAACAAAUAUUGAUAAUUGUGCAGCAUUGCCUUGUUUGAAUGGAGCCACUUGUACUGAUUUAGUAAACGCUUACAUCUGUGAAUGUCCACCUGGGUAUACUGGAAUCAAUUGUGAAUUAGAUGUUAAUGAAUGUUCUCCUACUAAUCCUUGUUUAAAUGGAGCUGCCUGCAUCAAUUUACAAGGCUCUUUCCAAUGCAAUUGUGCAACUGGCUGGACUGGAACAUUAUGUAAUAUAGAUGUUAAUGAAUGUUCUCCUACUAAUCCUUGUUUAAAUGGAGCUGCCUGCAUCAAUUUACAAGGCUCUUUCCAAUGUAAUUGUGUUGGUGGCUGGACUGGAACAUUAUGUAAUAUAGAUAUUAAUGAAUGUUCUCCUACUAAUCCUUGUUUAAAUGGAGCCGCCUGCAUCAAUUUACAAGGCUCUUUCCAAUGCAAUUGUGCUGGUGGCUGGAGUGGAACAUUAUGUAAUACAGAUGUUAAUGAAUGUUCUCCCACUAAUCCUUGUUUGAACGGAGCCGCCUGUGUCAAUUUACAAGGCUCUUUCGAAUGCAAUUGUGCUGCUGGCUGGAGCGGAACAUUAUGUAAUACAGAUGUUAAUGAAUGUUCUCCCACUAAUCCUUGUUUGAACGGAGCCGCCUGUGUCAAUUUACAAGGCUCUUUCGAAUGCAAUUGUGCUGCUGGCUGGAGCGGAACAUUAUGUAAUACAGAUGUUAAUGAAUGUUCUCCUACAAAUCCUUGUUUGAACGGAGCUGUCUGUGUCAAUUUACAAGGCUCUUUCCAAUGCAAUUGUGUUGGUGGCUGGACUGGAACAUUAUGUAAUAUAGAUGUUAAUGAAUGUUCUACUAAUCCUUGUUUAAAUGGAGCCGCCUGCAUCAACUUACAAGGCUCUUUCCAAUGCAUUUGUGUUGGUGGCUGGAGUGGAACAUUAUGUAAUACAGAUGUUAAUGAAUGUUCUCCCACAAAUCCUUGUUUGAACGGAGCCGCCUGUGUCAAUUUACAAGGCUCUUUUGAAUGCAAUUGUGCUGCUGGCUGGAGCGGAACAUUAUGUAAUACAGAUGUUAAUGAAUGUUCUCCCACAAAUCCUUGUUUGAACGGAGCCGCCUGUGUCAAUUUACAAGGCUCUUUCCAAUGCAAUUGUGUUGCUGGCUGGAGCGGAACAUUAUGUAAUAUAGAUAUUAAUGAAUGUUCUCCUACUAAUCCUUGUUUAAAUGGAGCCGCCUGCAUCAAUUUACAAGGCUCUUUCCAAUGCAAUUGUGUUGGUGGCUGGAGUGGAACAUUAUGUAAUACAGAUGUUAAUGAAUGUUCUCCUACAAAUCCUUGUUUGAACGGAGCUGCCUGUGUCAAUUUACAAGGCUCUUUCCAAUGCAAUUGUGCCACUGGAUGGACUGGAACAUUAUGUAAUAUAGCUGUUGAUUUCUGUAGUCCUAACCCUUGUAUCAAUGGGGCUACUUGCAUCAAUACUGGUUCUGGGUAUCAAUGCUUCUGUGCAACUGGAUUUGAGGGAACCAAUUGUGAAAUGAACAUAGAUGACUGUGUAGGCAACACCUGUCAAAAUGGGGCCACCUGUGUAGAUGCUCACAAUACCUUCCUGUGUGCCUGUCCACCUGGCUUCUCAGGUGCUAAUUGUGAAACAAAUGUUGAUGAUUGUGCAACAACGCCUUGUUUGAAUGGAGCCACCUGUACUGAUUUAGUAAACGCUUACAUCUGUGAAUGUACACCUGGGUAUACUGGAAUCAAUUGUGAAUCAGAUAUCAACGAAUGUCUUCCAAAUCCUUGUAUGAAUGCAGGAAACUGUUUUAAUACACUUGGUUCCUUUCAAUGUGUUUGUGUUGCUGGAUGGACUGGACCAUUAUGUGAAAUAGAUAUUGAUGAAUGUGCAGUAGGACCCUGUCAGAAUGGAGCCACCUGUAAUAAUCUAGUUAAUAGUUACACCUGUACAUGUCCCAUGGGAUAUACAGGAACCAAUUGUGAAACAGAUAUUGAUGAGUGUGCAGUUGCACCCUGUCAGAAUGGAGCCACGUGUAAUGAUCUAGUUAAUAGUUACUUCUGUACAUGCGUCAUGGGAUAUACAGGAAUCAAUUGUGAAACAGAUAUUGAUAAUUGUGCAGCAGCACCCUGUCAAAAUGGAGCCACCUGUAAUGAUCUAGUUAAUAGUUACUUCUGUACAUGCGUCAUGGGAUAUACAGGAACCAAUUGUGAAUUUGAUGUUGAUGAAUGUGCAACAUUGCCUUGCUUGAAUGGAGCCACCUGUACUGAUUUAGUAAAUGCUUACACCUGUGCUUGUACACCCGGGUAUACUGGCUUCAACUGUGAAACAGAUAUCAAUGAAUGCGCUACAAUUCCUUGUUCCAAUGGAGCAACCUGUUUUAACAGACCUGGCUCCUUCCAAUGUCUUUGCGUUCCUGGAUGGAUUGGACCAUUUUGUGAAAUAGAUAUUGAUGAAUGUGCAGUAGGACCUUGUCAGAAUGGAGCCACCUGUAACAAUCUAGUUAAUAGAUACACCUGUACAUGUGUCAUGGGAUAUACAGGAACCAAUUGUGAAUCGGAUGUGGAUGAGUGUUUACCAGGUCCGUGUUUGAAUGGGGCCACCUGCAAUAAUUUAUUUAAUAGUUACACCUGUACAUGUGCUGCUGGAUACACGGGAAACCACUGUGGAACAGCAAUCCAAGAAUGCCAAUCCAACCCAUGUCAAAAUGGUGCUACUUGCAUUGAACAAAUACCUGGUUACACUUGUCAAUGUUUAUCUGGUUACCAAGGCACCCAUUGUGAAGAAGAGAUUGAUGAAUGUGCAAGCUUUCCUUGUGUUAAUGGCGGCACUUGCUCUGAUUUGAUUAACGCAUACCAGUGCGCUUGCGUUAUCGGUUUUGAGGGAAUAAAUUGCGAAAAUGAAAAAGAGGAAUGCAUUAGUAAUCCAUGUCAAAAUGGUGCAUUAUGCUACGGGGCUGUCAAUGAUUAUACAUGUGCUUGUCUUGGAGGAUUUACUGGCCACGACUGCGAGAUUAACAUUGAUGAAUGUUCAAGCAUGCCAUGUGAAAAUGGUGGUACGUGCACUGAUGGAAUCGACAUGUACACAUGUGCAUGUCCUUUUGGUUACGACGGAAGAAACUGUGAGCUACCAACACAAUGCUUCACUGAUCCAUGUUUUAAUGGUGCAAUGUGUAUAAACGCUGUUGGCGGCUAUGUUUGUGUGUGCGCACCAGGGUUUAUAGGACUGAAUUGUGAAACGUCUGUAGGUUGUUCUGGAGUAAUUUGCGAAAAUGGAGGAACCUGUGUUGAAGGUGGCAAUGUGGUGGGCUGUGUUUGUCCGCAAGGCUUUGUGGGCGCUAGAUGCGAGAAUACUGAAAUUCAGCAGUGUGACACUAUGCCUUGUCAGAAUGGUGGAAUAUGCAACGAAGGAAACGCUGGUUACACUUGCACAUGUAUGUUGGGAUUCACUGGCAACAAUUGUGAGAUUAACAUUGAUGAUUGUGCAGGUGUUGCAUGCCUGAAUGGUGCUACUUGUUUAGACGCCAUUAACCAAUACCUCUGCGCGUGCACUGCAGGCUGGACUGGACAACACUGCGGGGUUGACAUUAAUGAAUGCAGCUCAUUUCCUUGUCAGAAUGGGGGAAUCUGUGGUGACAAUGUAAAUGGUUACACAUGCACGUGUAAUCCUGGUUAUACUGGAGACGUGUGUCAAACGAAUAUUAAUGAAUGUUCAAGCUUUCCUUGUCAGAAUAAUGGUGCAUGCAUUGACGGUAUCAACAGCUAUGUCUGUAGCUGUCCAACCGGUUUUACUGGUGCCAAUUGCGAAUUUAGCAGUAAUGUAUGUACUGCAAAUAAUUGCCUAAAUGGUGCAGAGUGCACACCGGAUUCCAGCGGUGGAUACACCUGCGUCUGUUUGAAUGGCUUUAGAGGCGCAUUUUGCGAGAACAUGGCUUGUACGUCACAAUUUUGUAAUAAUGGCGGAACUUGUUUUGAGCAGGACCAAAGUACUAUUGCUUGCUUAUGCUUACUUGAGUUCACUGGAGAUUUUUGUGAAAAUGCUGUUGUUGGAGGGUGUACUAGCAACCCUUGUCAGAAUGGAGGAAUGUGUGUAGAGGAUUCAUCGGGUUACAUUUGCAACUGCCCACUUGCUUAUGAGGGUGAUAAUUGUGAAAUUGAGCGGUCACCAUGUGAAACAAACAACUGCUUAAAUGGAGCAUUUUGUCAAAUUGUGCCAAAUGGCAUCAGGUGUAUCUGCACAGCCGCUUACACUGGUAUUCAAUGUCAAACACUUGUCACAUCUGGUCCAUGCUUCAGUAAUCCGUGUCAAAAUAGUGCUGCGUGUUCAGAGAAUACUAAUGGCUACUCCUGCUCUUGCUUGCCUGGGUAUAGUGGCCAAACUUGUGCAGACAAUAUUGACGAAUGCCUUAGCACUCCAUGCCAAAAUGGAGGUAUAUGUGUUGACCAAGUUAAUGGAUUUAUCUGCCAAUGUCCACAAGGGAUUUCAGGAGUAAUCUGUGAAGUCACAGAUUUUUGCGCUAACAACCUCUGCGUGAAUGGUGCCACAUGUCAAGAUACAGUUUCAGGGUACACUUGUGCUUGUACUCCAGGGUGGACUGGUGUCUACUGUCAAUUAGCUGUAAAUCUUUGUGAAAUUAACCCCUGUCAAAACGGAGGCACAUGUGUGAAUAUGCAAACAUCAUUCCAAUGUGUAUGUCCUGCUGGUUACUUUGGGUCACUUUGUGAAGUUGUAGAUCCUUGUGGAAAUAACCCUUGCCAAAAUGGAGGCAUCUGUAUGAAUGUGGACACAUCAUUCCAAUGCAUCUGCCCUGCUGGAUACUUUGGGUCAUUUUGCGAAGGUCUUAUCGAUGCGUGUGCCAAUACGCCAUGUCUGAACGGAGGCACCUGCAAUAAUUUUGGUACGUUCUACAUCUGUAACUGCCCACCUGCCUACCAGGGAACCAACUGUCAGACAAACUUGUACAACUGCCUAACUGCACCUUGCUUAAAUGGAGGCACUUGUAAUGAAUAUGCCACACACUAUAACUGCUCUUGUUUACCGGAGUACACAGGCGAUAACUGUGGAGAUGUUAAAGAUGCAUGCGCAUCUAUUCCAUGUAGCAAUAAUGCUACGUGCAAUAAUUUCAUCACAUACUUUACCUGCACAUGUGCUGAAAGCUUCACGGGAGAUACAUGUAGCGAAUCUGUUAUAGGACCUAUUACAUGUGCUGACUCUCCAUGCCUGAAUGGGGGAACCUGCCAACCUUUCACCAAUGGAUUUGUAUGCACUUGUGUACCUGGCUACUCAGGCAUUUACUGCGAUACAGAACCGAUCAAUGAAUGUAUUAACAACAUUUGCAUGAACGGCGCAACUUGUAUUGCUGGUAGAGGCGAUUCAUAUUCGUGUGUAUGUGAAAAUGGCUGGACCGGCCCAUUUUGUGACAUUAAUUUUUCGGAAUGUUCCAGCAAUCCGUGUCAAAAUGGUGCAACAUGCAUUGAUAACAUUGGGUUUUAUCAAUGCUCUUGCGCUGCUGGCUACACGGGAGUACACUGUGAAUUAACAGGUGAUAGUAGUUGUAGUGCAAAUUAUAAUCUCAUGGCUGGAGGAACAAUCAACCUCUACACACCAGGAUAUGGCAGUGAAUACCCAAACAACGUAUUCUGUAAAUGGGUCAUCGAUGCCCCUGAGGGAGUACAGAUGCGCCUCAUGUUCUUGACAUUUAACACAGAGCGCAACUAUGACUUCCUAAGUGCUGGAGAUGGCAACAACCCCGUCAAUGAUUCUACCAGGGUUAUCCAUGCAUCUGGAGCUGAGAUUCCAGAGAACUUUAUCUCUGACGGGAAUGUGAUCUGGAUAACAUUUAUGUCCGAUAAUCAAAGAGUGGCAGAAGGUGUUGCGAUGGAAGUUAUUGAUGAGGCACUUGCAGUUGGGUGCGUUGGAAGGCCAUGCCUUCACGGAUCAACCUGCACUGAAACCAAUAAUGAGGUUGGUUACGUGUGUAGCUGCGUGGCAGGUAGAACUGGCAGUAACUGUGAAAACAUAACGGGUUCCAUGACUGAUGUCUGUGAAAACUAUGUGUGUGAUAAUGGUGGAACAUGCUUUGAGAUGGAUAACGCAGCAGCUUGCCAAUGCCCAGUUGGUUAUGCUGGUUUAUUUUGUGAAAUAGAAGUGCAGCCAUGUGAUCCAAAUCCUUGCUCUAAUGGUGGAACUUGCAUUGAAGGUCCAGAUGGUAGUUCUUUUACCUGCAGCUGUUCAAUUGGAUGGAGUGGAUCAACAUGUGGCAAUGAUGUGAACUUAUGUGCGACCCAGCCAUGCUUGAAUGGGGCAACAUGUGUAGAUUCUGUUGGAAGUAAUUUUUUCUGCUCUUGUAUGCAAGGAUUUUCUGGAGUUCGUUGCGAAAUAGAUAACAUGAAUGCUUGUAACAGUAACCCCUGCAUGAAUAACGCAACUUGUGUCGCGACAUCAUCUUUGGGCUAUAGUUGUUCCUGUCAAUCGGGCUACAGUGGUGUUAAUUGUGAAGACAGAGAUUCCUUUUGCACACCUAACCCUUGUCUGAAUGGUGGUCUUUGCUCCAACAUGCCAAGCAGUGGUAAUAUGUACUCAUGUCGAUGUUCGGAUGACUACACAGGUGACAACUGUCAAAUUCCUCUUGGUUGUGCAAAUAACCAGUGUAUGAAUGGCGCCACCUGUCAGAAUGUAGGCAGCUCCUCCUACACAUGUAGUUGCCCCAUGGAUUUCACUGGCUUGUUCUGCGAAACAUUUAUAGGACGUUAAGUAGAAGGUUGGAGUUUUUCUACAUGGCAUGUUUGAUAUCACUGAAGAAUUUACAGUUGCAUGCUAACAUCUGCAACAACAAAAUUUGUGAUAAAUAUUUUGCAGUACGGGAUAUAUAAACAUCACAUCACCUUUGGCAAUCAGAUUCAAAUGGUAAAAAACAUGCUUUAGGUAUUUUAAUCCUCAAAAAGCUAUGUGAUAGGUUUUCAGUAAAUCAGAAUUUUGUUUAUACUAUAUAAUUAUUUCAUUUAAUUUUAAUCUACCACAAUAUACAUUAUGUUAUAAUUUUAGACUAGUUCUAUAUUUUUACCAUCAAUUUGAUAUUAUUUAUGAACUGAAUAAUGUACUUAGGUAAAUAAUCUUUCUUGGUUUUGUAUUAUACUUGGUUACUCUGCGUUAUCAAAAAGUGUGACAUGCCCAAAUAUGGUCAUGGUGCCAUCACAUCUUUACCAUAUAUAGGCACAUUAUGACAAAGUAGAGCAACAAAAUAGAAUUUGAUAAUCUAGACAGAGUGGUUUAUACUCUGUAUUAUCAAAUAAUUGCAUUGAUUUUUGUAAACGUAAUUUACUUGAAUUGAAUCAUUCAGUUCCCACAAUUUCAUGUUUUUAGACAUUUUAUUGUGAAUUUCCUUAGGUGAGACUUUUUUAUACCUUGGUUUGCCAACUUAUUCUUUUUAAAGAUUGUCAGAGGAGGGUGGAAAAAAAAUCAAAAUAAAAUU